AUGUACAUGUCUCGAUUGGCCGCGAUAAAGGAAUUCGCAUUCAUGAAGGCUCUAAAGGACCAUGGAUUUUCUGUUCCUGAACCGAUUUCGCAAAAUCGACACACCAUUGUCAUGAGCAUGAUCGACGCUUUCCCUCUCCGGCAAAUAUCCUCCGUCCCUAAUCCAGCGGGAUUAUACGCUGAGUUAAUUACCACGAUUCUAGAAUUGGCGAAAUUCGGCUUGAUACACGGUGAUUAUAACGAAUUUAACAUCUUAAUAAAGGAGGAGGAAAUACCGGCCGAAGCGAAAGACGAUGAAAAUAAAGAGAAAAAAGAGGAUAAUGUCAAACUCACACCCGUUGUGAUUGACUUUCCCCAGAUGGUAUCGGUAGAUCACACAAACGCUGAAAUGUACUUUGACAGAGAUGUCAACUGCAUCAAGCGCUACUUCCAACGGCGAUUUGGAUUCGUUAGUGAUGAACCUGGGCCUUUCUUCUCAGAUGCACGAAAACUGUAUUCUCUAAACUGCAUUGAAGGAAUACACUCCACGAUGGCGUCAAAAAUACCCAAGGCGAUCCCUAAAAACCUGUACAAACCACUUCCGGUUGAGCAGCGGAAGCAAAUAUACCUACCCGACUUCGUCCUUACCUUAAUACGCACUCCAUUCCUACCACCUCGAUAUGCCUCCUUCUGGGUUCCCCUCACGUUCAACAAGCUUGAUAUGAAAGACUACAUGAAACGAGUAUACAACGUUGAUGUCCUCAAAGUACGAAGUUAUGUCGAACAGCAGAAGGUUACGCGUGACCUUCCCCGAGGGAGACAAGGCUUCGGCCCCAUGCGACGACAAAUGGCAAAGAAGAAGAUGACCAUCGAAAUGACGGAGCCAUUCGUUUGGCCCAAGGAGCCAGAGGACUAUGCGCCAUGGGAGAGAGACACGUUUUUCGAAGCCAAGAAGUUGCAGGAAGAGUUCCAGGAAUCACAUGCGCAUGACGCGCCGAUGAAAGCUCCAGAACACAAGCGAGAGUUAUUAGCUGAACAGGCGAAGCAGAUGCUGGACGGUAAAGAACAGUGGCAACCAACAUGGCAGGCACUUGGCCUCAACCUCCAGAGACCCCAACUCAAGAAAGUAGAGUCCAAGGCGAACCAGCCACCGCAGGCAUCGGAAACUUCACAGACAUCGGAGAGAUGA